AUGGAAGUGAAGAAGGACAGGCUGACUGGACCUGAAUCGUACUUAGCUCUGUUGACACCAAAGCUCCGUCUUUUAUUGUUUGCAAGUGACUGUGUCAGUCAUGAGGCAUUGGCCACAGCGAAUGAGAUACCUGCACCGAAUGGUGGCCUCGUCCAGAUCUACGUUGGAGAAGACUACAGCUUCGGUCUCGCACAUGCUAGAGGUAAAUUGAGAAGAAGUCAUGGCUAUCGUCGGGCUGCAAUAAAGAUAGCGUUAGUGCGAAACGCGCCAAGACCAAUAGCGCGAAAAACAGUCCUCUCUAACGACCAAGAAAUCCUAGCAAUAACCGCGCAAACAUCCCUCAUCCUACAACUUCAGCAGAACCCCAACCCUCUUCCUCCCAUCCAUCCAUAUGCCGAAAUCUCCCUCAAUCUUUAUCAAACCCCCUUCCUCAACAAAACGCAAUCCCAUCAACAUGACCCCUCCAUGGCCCAAAUGCCGGCUAUGUCAGCAGUCCCACCUCGCAUGAAACACCCAAUCACCCAGGAUCCGGCAUCUCGGACCCAGAUCAAGGAUCCAUGUUUGGGAUUGAAACUGGUGAUACUGAUACUUCCUGAGGCUUCGAGAAGGGCUAGGUAA